AUGGAUCUAUUUAAUAAGAUUGCAUUUUCCCUUUCCCUUUCCCAUGCAGAUGGCAAACUGAUGUUCAAGCAAGUUCCUCUGCUGGAGAUCGAUGGCAAGAAUCUUAUUGGGAGUGAGUGCGUUCUUCGCUAUGUCUGCAACAAGGCUAAACUACAAGGGAAGUCAGAUGACGACCAAACCAAGAUUGAGAUGCUGUCGAUGGGAGCCAAGGACAUGCUGAAUGCAGGAUUCAGUGGUGCUAAGUUUGAGGCAACGUCGGAGAAGGAAGAAGAGAUGUUGCAGAGUGCAGCCAAGCAGUGCAAGGAUAGGUACCUACCAGUCUUCGAAAAAGUUUUGGGCGAGAAUAAGUCUGGGUUCCUUGUCGGAGAUUCGCUCACCAUGGCUGACCUCAUGUUCUUUGACGGUCUCAGCUUCGUGAACGAGAUCCCCCAGGUCAAGCCGUUGUUAGAUGAAUUUCCAAACUGCAAGGCCUUCAUCGUCCAUUUCUCCAGUCAGCCAGGAAUUAAAGAUUACCUUGCCAGCCCCAGGCGCCACCCUCCUCCCAACGAUGAGUAUGUGCAGGGUGUCCGGAAAGUCCUGAUUCCACCAAGCUCCUAAUGCAUGUUGUGUGCUAGGCAAGUUUGACAAUCACAAUGGAUCCAUCUCAUAUUCACUGCCUUUCAGCAACAAGCAAUCUAUGUUCAGGGUUUCAG